AUGAGUGAGUUCUGACCGUGACUUCUCUUGCAGAUUGACAGGCAGCAGUUCGAAGAGACUGUCCGGACACUGAAUAACCUCUAUGCAGAAGCUGAAAAACUUGGGGGCCAAUCCUACCUGGAAGGGUGUCUCGCCUGCCUGACUGCCUACACCAUCUUCUUGUGCAUGGAAACGCACUACGAAAAGGUUCUAAAGAAAAUUGCCAAGUUCAUUCAGGAACAGAAUGAGAAGAUCUAUGCUCCUCAGGGCCUCCUUCUGACAGACCCCAUUGAAAGAGGACUAAGAGUUAUUGAAAUUACCAUUUAUGAAGACAGAGGUAUGACCAGCGGAAGAUAAAACCGUGGAGUCUCAGCAGAUAGCUCAACAGUGGACUUGCUGUAUCAAAGUUCCCCUACCUCCUACUUUAGAGCAUCAUUCCUUUCUUUGCUGCCAGAUCCACAGUGCCAUCUACUACAAGGACUAACUUCCUAAAACUGCUCCACGUGAGGUGACCCAGCUGGUCAGCAUCCAUUUUGUGGCAAACUUUUAAGCAAUGAGACAAUGAGAUCACUUUUUAGGUUUGGUUUUGUUUUUAGGGGGGGAUGUCCCCCAGGAAAAAGCAGAAGUGGUAAAGCUGUGUACUCUUCUGAAAGAAACGGGGCUCUUUGCCCAGCAGCAGUCUAGUUUUAGUCACGUAAGUGCAGUGCUGUUCCUCCCUAGUUCUUAAACCCUUCUGUCCAUCAGAAGCUCUGCAAAGC